GAAGCUUUGGGUUCCCCAUCACCUUGGUCAUAUCGGAUCUUUGACACUGAGCCGCUCGAAUCUUCAUCCAUUAAAGCCAGAUUCAAGGACUGACAAAUUGCAGGAAUGGGUUUUUGAACAAUUACACAUUCAGGAACUCUGUAAGUUCAACCACCGUUUCAUAGGAGAAAUUGGACGGAGGAGGUGUGCAGACGAUGUGCUGUGCAAACGUCAGGAAUAUAUAGUUGUUUGGCGUUGAUACUUAUCAGCGGUUGUAAUAGAUGGGAAAUAUUUGCGUUCGUUCGAAUUUGGUGUUUUGGCAUCGAUCGAGCAAUAAAAUGGAUGGUCAUACUGGGAUUGCCGGUCAAUUGAUGUCCGUCAGUAAGGUCGCGAAGCAAAAGGGAGAUACUAAAGCAAUGGAAGAAGCGACACACGGUGUACAGAACAAAGUGCCACCAUCGAGACAAAAGGAGGAUGUCAAACCAGCGGGGCCAACAAGACCCAUGAAAUCUUUCCAUGUGAAGAAGCCUUCGAGCGCAGGGCUCACAGUAGAUUCGGUAUUACGUACAAAAACCAGUCUCUUGAAGGAAUACUACAAUUUGGGGCGGAAUCUUGGAAGUGGUCAGUUUGGUUCUACAUUCCUAUGCGUGGAGAAGGCGACUGGCACAGAGUACGCUUGCAAAUCCAUUGCGAAGAGGAAAAUGUUGACAAUGCACGAUGUUGAGGAUGUGAGACGGGAAAUAGAGAUAAUGCAUCACUUGGCGGGGCAUCCUAAUGUGAUAUCCAUCAAAGGGGCGCAUGAAGACUCCGUGGCAGUUCAUCUGGUUAUGGAACUGUGUGCCGGAGGCGAUCUCUUCGACAGGAUUAAAAAGAGGGGGCAUUACGCUGAGCGGAAAGCAGCUCAACUUGCCAGGACUAUAGUCGGUGUUGUGGAAGCUUGCCAUUCCCUGAGGGUGAUGCAUCGAGAUCUUAAGCCCGAGAAUUUUCUAUUUGUUAAUGAACACGAGGAUUCACCUCUCAAGAUGAUAGAUUUCGGAUUAUCAACCUUCUUCAAGCCAGGGGAGACUUUUACCGAUGUGGUAGGAAGCCCAAAUUAUAUUGCGCCGGAAGUUCUGCGGAAUAGUUAUGGUCCAGAAGCAGAUGUGUGGAGUGCCGGUGUGAUUAUCUACAUACUCCUAAGUGGUGUUCCUCCAUUUUGGGGCAAAACUAAGGAGGAGAUAUUUGGAGAGGUUUUGCACGGCGAUCUUGACUUCUCACCAUAUCCUUGGCCUAACAUAUCUGAAAGUGCUAAAGAUCUGGUCAGGAGAAUGCUUGUCAGGAACCCUAAAAAGCGGAUAACUGCUCAUGAAGUCCUUUGUCACCCUUGGCUUCAAGUUGAUAGGGACGGUCGCAUUGACUGCAAUGAGCUCGUGGCGAUGAUGCAAAAGGGAAACGCUGAUCAAAGGGUCUGCAGAGUAGGAGUAGAAAAUGGAGGUCGAGAAGACAAUGGUAUUCCUUCCCCUGGUUGGAAGGGGAGGAAGUGGAUAGGAACAGGUAGUGAAGAAUCGAUUUAACAGCGUCUAUGAAAAAGGGAAAAGGAAGAGAAAAGAGAAGGCUUUUUGGAAAAAAAUGACAUUUUUCCAUUCAUUGUAAACCUUGAAUGUGUGAGCAGAUCAUUUCGUGAUUAGUAUUCCAUUCAUUAACAGUGUUUAUGGCAUACCCCGGCGGUUAGUAUUCCACUCAUUUUAGAAGAAUGAACUAAGAAGGAUACUGCGCAUUUGGGAGUAUUCCAUCUGCUUCAGCUUAUGCAUUUGUCCGUCCAGCUUAUGAUUUUAGCCGUUGGAAUUACAUACUGCAGCUUCAGGCCGGCACAACUUUUAGAUUGAUAUGUGAAGAUAAUAAA